GCCUUAACCUGAUGAACUGUUCGGUCACGAAUUAUGUGGGUAAUCAGGCGGAUUUGUUUACCCUCUGAAUCUAGGUCAGAUGCAUUUCAACCCUCCGCCAUUUUGAUUGCAGCUGGCGUGCCCUUUGUUCAGUUUCACCAGCCUUUUGGUAGUUUCUACAGGCCUUGAAACAGUUUCAGCUUGAAACGAGGUCUGACAUGGCGUCAGCAGGCUGUGGGUCUUUAACUGACAUUCCUCGGGACAACAGCCAACUGCUGAAAGGUAGUCCAACUACUGACAUGAAGACCUGUUAUGAUGAGUUUAAGAUAUUCGUGUCGAAACACAAGCAUGAGGAAACUGACAUACAAGGAGAGGAUGCAGAUGUAACAGAGCUCAACAGAGAUGACAAAACCCAACUAGAAGAUACUCUCUUUGCCAGUACUAUGUGUGGAGCUAUAAACCUGGAAACAAACACAGCUAACCACACUAAGGAAGAGCCCGAUACCAGUGGAUAUCAGGCAUCUAAUGAUUCUAAUCUCUCUCAGCCAAUGGAGGCAAGUGCAGAAGAGAAACCGUACAAAAGAGCGUGCAAGCAUAGCCUCUCCAAACAUGUUGAAAUACAUACAAGAGAGAAACAGUACAUGUUUAAGCAUUGCAACUAUUUAGUCAACGAGAAAAGAGAACUGGACAAACACAAAUCUAGUCAUGCCCGUGAGAAACCCUACAUGUGCGAUGGGUGUGGAUACAAAACAGCAAACAAGAGUCAUUUAUCUAAACAUAUGAAGAUUCACACAGGAGAAAAGCCGUACAAGUGUAAUCAGUGCGAUUAUUCAGCAGUUUGGAAGUUAUCAUUAGAGUUACACAUGAUUAAGCAUACCGGUGAGAAACCUUACACGUGUGAAGAGUGUGGAGUCAAAACAGUAAGCAGGAACAAUCUAUUAAGACAUAUGAAAAUACACACUGGACAAAAGCCAUUCAAGUGUCCCCAGUGCGACUUUUGCACGGUUUGGAAGCAAAGCUUGGAUUUACACAUGGCUAAACACACCGGUGAGAAACGCUACAUGUGUGAGGAAUGUGGUCACACUACAGCCCACAAGUCACGACUUUCCAGACACAUGAAAAUACAUACCGGAGAAAAACCGUACACGUGUGACCAGUGCGAAUAUUCAGCGAACCAAAAAAUACACAUAGACAGACACAAGGCUAAACAUACUAAUGACAAACCCUACACCUGUGAAAAAUGUGGCUACAAGGCAGUGGACAAGUUUGGCCUAUCCACUCAUAUGAAGGUGCAUAGGAUCAAGACUACAGGUGGCCAGCCGUACAAGUGUGAGCAGUGUGACUUUCGCUCUAUGUGGAAACAAAGCUUUGAGGCACACAAGAAACUGCAUACAGGAAAAAAGCCAUACAAGUGUGAUCUCUGCGACUACCGAACUGCAUGGAAAAGCAACAUAGAUAUACACAUGGCUAAACACACUGGUGAGAAGCCCUACUCGUGUGAUCAGUGUGAAUACAGGUCAGGUUACAGGUCUGGUCUCAAAAGUCAUAUGAAAGUACAUACAAAAGGGAAGCAACUUAAGGGUAAACGUUAAUAUUUCAUGGAUAGGAAAGAAAAAUGUUUAUGACCUUUGUUUUAUUAAUAUUAGUGUUACUAGUAGUACGAUAUAUUUUUAAACUUUCUACACCCGCUUGGGAAACAUAGUGACUAACCUUUGUUGUACAUUCAUGCUGAAUCUGGUAAAGUCAAUUGAAUAGAUACAAAAUAGUAAUAAAGUAUAUAUAGUGAAGAUUUGUUUUAAAAACCUGGGUUCUAAAACUACUUUUACACCGGGGGUAAAGAUGAA